CAAUUGACGAAAUUAAAUCCAGCAAAAGUCCAGAACUAGCAGAUACUUUUUUUAAGCAAAUGCAAGUUGCAACGAUUGACGUUUGAUCCUGUGACAUCAAAUCCGACAAGGUAUCACACCCAGAUUCACUUUAAUUGAAUUCACUGUUCAUUACGACAAUAAUAUGCCCAAGAGAGAACCUUUCUCUCCGUGUCACUUCUUUCUCCUUCUCCUUCUAUGUGGCUUUGUCGGCGGCGACACGCCGUCGCGGGAGGUGUGGUGCGUGGCCAAGAACAACGCGGAGGACGCGGCGCUGCAGUCAGCGGUCGAGUGGGCCUGCGGCGCCGGCGGAGCCGAUUGCGGAGCGAUCCAGGGAGGAGGACCCUGCUUCGACCCUUCCAGCGUGCAGAAUACGGCGUCGUACGCUUUCAAUGAUUAUUUCCGAAAACACGCCAUCGCCGAGGAGAAUUGUAACUUCGGCAAUAAUGCCGCCAUCACCUCCUUGAACCCCAGUUUCGGCAAUUGCAAGUUCCCUUCUAGUUCGAUAGUGAACAACGGGAGCCUCUCGGGAUCCGCGUCAUCGAUGGGAUCGAUGUCCGGCGAAGACACAAGUGGGUGCGGUGGAGUUGUUAGGAGGUGGUGGUUUUGGCCAAUUGUUAUCGCCGCUCAUUUAUUCUCCAUAGUUUCAUCUUCACCCAUUGUUUGAAAAUAGAGAUCUAUCUAUUUUUGGAUUCGUAGAUUUACUAGCACAGUUCAAAAUCAUCAUUUUGUGUUAUAUGGUUCUUCUGUUCUUGAAAUGCAAUAUGCAGAGGUUAGUUUUACUCGUACUGAUACAAUCAAUAGAAGUGAGUUAUUGAUAGCUAUUUUAAGUGGUUAUGCUGAAUCUUCCAUUUUUUUUC